CGCCCCUUGGACUUUUCCCCUGUGAAGACACAAGCACGGCCAUGAGCUCCCCGGCGGCCGCCGCUCCGCUCUUCGCCGAGGGCGAGGACUGCACGGCGGCCUGGACGGCGGCGGCGGCCGGCUACGACGCGCCUGACGCCCGCCUGGAGAUCCUGGGCAAGCCGGUGAUGGAGCGCUGGGAGACCCCCUACAUGCACGCGCUGGCGGCCGCCGCUGCCGCCAAAGGCGGCCGCGUGCUGGAGGUGGGCUUCGGCAUGGCCAUCGCCGCCUCCAAGCUGGAGGAGCUGGACAUCGCCGAGCACUGGAUCGUCGAGUGCAACGAGGGCGUUUUCCGGCGCCUGCAGGACUGGGCCCCGGCGCAGCCCCACAAGGUCGUGGCCCUGAAGGGCAUGUGGGAAGAGGUGGCGCCGACGCUGCCGGACGGACAUUUCAGCGGGAUCCUCUACGACGCCUACCCGCUCUCGGCCGACGCCUGGCACACGCACCAGUUCGCCUUCAUCAAGGACCAUGCCUUCCGCCUGCUGCGGCCCGGCGGCGUCCUCACCUACUGCAACCUCACCUCCUGGGGCGAGCUGCUGAAGACCCGCUACAGCGACAUCGAGAAGAUGUUCGAGGAGACCCAGAUCCCCCACCUGCUCGAAGCCGGGUUCAAGAGGGAGAACAUAAGCACGGCGGUCAUGGACCUGGUCCCCCCCAAGGACUGCAGGUACUACUCCUUCCACAAGAUGAUCACGCCCACCAUCGUUAAACACUGAGGGCCCUCGCCCUGCCCGAAACCGCAGAAGCAAACGCUGGCAGACAGAGGUUGAUCAUUUACACUGCAAGGAGGAGAAAAAGCUCUCAUCUCCCUCGAUGCUAACAAGAGAAGAUUCAAACCAAUUUAUCUAGAGGUGGGGAGACGGCCGGAGGCGCGGGCCUGUGGUGCCCGGCCUUCAGCGGACCUCCUGGACAAAGGGACUCCAAGCAACCCGCCCGCGCUGCAGCACCCGCGAUGCCCAGCUCCACCACGGGAGCCCCAGGGCUGCUGCAGGUCCUCCUUUGCCACAGGGACCUUCUGGGCUCCCUGGGCGAAGAUCUCACCCUUUUGGAAGAGAUCCCAGGGACUCUUCCCAAAGUCCCUGAGACUGGCACAGCCCUUGGGCCUUGCACUAGUCUCCCUCUGCAUCAGUUAAAUUGCAAUUGUCAAGAGCGUGGCUUAGAGCAUUUGGCCAAAGGGGUUCUAGGACUAGUGAUUUCCUGCAAAAAACAGAUCAUUUUAAAAAACUGAGGGUUGGCUUUCCACACAAAAGAAGCGGCAGUUUGGGACACUGCUGUUGGAGUCCUAUGUUCCUGGAGCAACUCCCACCUGGAGUUUCCUGAAAGUUUUGGCUAAGGCCCAUUUAAAACAAUUUCUGAUUCUUAUUAUCUUCUUGCAGUCUAAUAGCAUAUAAAUGGUGUUUUCUGUCUGUACCCAGAAGAGAUAAAAUACUAGUAAAAUGGAAUAGAAUACACAACUGCUAUUUAGUGCCAUGUAUUUCUGCCUUUCAAAAGUGCAUGUGAUUUUGUUCCUUGUCCUGGGCUGCGUGGAGU